UUGAAUUAUAUAAAGACAUGUUCAGUAUUUUACUACUAUUUUUUUCAUUCUAGUAGGAAAUUCUUAUGUAUUUCUCUCACCUCUCCCUCCACAGAAAGAUAAACAUGCAUCUAAAAGUCCUGCUCUUCACCCUGUCCUUCUUGACAACUUCAGCAUACCCACUUCAUCGUAACACCAGGGACGCAACCUGGACUGAUUCAAAGGCCAACCAGGCUCAUGACAAGAUAAACCUCACAAAGGAUGUGGAUAGGAUCUACAAGAGUCACAUAGACAGCAGUAGCCUUUACAACCAAGAAGAUGAUGACGACAAUAACCCUGUGGCACGGGAGAUGCAGCGCAAACUCAACAUGGAGUCAGAGCGUCUGCGUAUCCGUCUGCGCCAAGAGCUGGCCGAGCUGCAGGAGAAGUUGUCCCCAUCUCCAGCCCACCUCAGCUCCACCCUGGCCAACAUGAGGGAGCGCCUGGCUCCCCUCACCCAGCAGCUCCAGAGCUCUCUCAGCAGCAACACCCAAGAUCUUUGUGGCCAGCUGAGCCUCUAUCUUCAGGGCCUGGAAACAGCAGAGGCCCAGACAGAGGCCAGUCCGACUCUCUACCAGGAAGCCUUCCACUGGAUGACACAAACCCUGGAGCACAGCAGCUCUAAGAUGGCUGACAUCAUCAGCGACUUCCAGACUAAAACUGUCGGGGAGAUCGAACAUCUGAGAGGGAUCAGUGCUAGUGAGGAAGAGGCAGACAAGUCAGAGCUCUGGCAGGUAGCGAGCUCCAGGUUGGGACAGGAAGUAAGUUCACUGAGGGUGGAGAUACAGAACAGGUUGGAGGCUCUCAAAGUAGAGCUUGCUGCUCUGCUAGAAAAUGCGCAGCCUACUAAGGCUGAAGUGAGAGGCAGUAUGGAGCGGUUCUGCCAAAAUGCAGCCCUGCAGAGCCAAGUGAUUAAGGCCCGGAUAGAAAAGGUGUUUCAGGAGCUGGAAGGGGAGCUGGAGAUCCAGAGAGCCUCCAGCCUGUCUCCCUCUUCUUUCUCCUCACCCAUACAGCCUGGUGCUGCUCUACAGGAGGACUUCUCAGUUAAACUCUCUGCUCUGAUCCAGGACAUUGUGCACUUAGUGCAGUGACAGAGACACCUGUACAUUUUUUAAAAACAUGAAUUCACUGCCAUUAUGGUCGCAUCAAAGUGAUUCUUGUCCAUGAAUUUGUUUUUGUUUUUUUGUUUUUUUGUUUGCCACUGUAGCAGCCAAGUAAGUAGCCUGUAUUUAUGAAUGUAUGGAUUUGUUUUGAUUGGUGUGUUAGUUUCAUUCUGUAUGUGAAUGAUUGUGUAAUUGUCAGUAUAUGUUUACUGUACCAUGUAAAAAAAAAUGCUGCCUGUGGAGAGUAAAGUUACUGGUGAUACAAAUCAACUAUUGCUAUUUUUGAAUUAUGUGAUCAGUCACAAAGUUCAACAACAAACGAAUUUUAAACUUUAUUUUCAAUCUGUACAAAAAAAAAAAAUUCCAUAUUCACAUUUGCUCAAAAGUAUGUUUUAAGCAAUGCAAUUGAGAUUCUGUACAAGGCACCCAAAGACACCUAUAAAAUUGUAGAAAUAUUGAACAGGUAGACUCUCAGGCAUUAUCAAAGCAAAGUUAUACUUAAUAAAAUAUUAUAUAAUAUUAUAAAAUUUUAAAAUUACUCUGUUCAUAAUUGCUUCUUUAGUUAAUGUUUGUUUAUCACACAUUGUUCAAGCCUGACUGUUCCUCCAUUACCAGUAAAUGGCUAUUGAAUGCAGCCGCAGUAAAUAUAGACAGAAAAGGUUAUUUGCUUCGUUUCCAUGGUCACCUGACAAGAACAUUUGGUUAUUACUGAAAAAUCACAACAUUAUCUGAUUUUAUGAGGAUAUUAUGAGGUAUCAGGCGACAAGGCAAAGACAGGUUGCCGGUGGAUCUCUCAGUCAAAGGCAUGAGGUAAUGCUCCCAUCCAAUAAAAUUUCUUCAGGACGAACCAGCCACCCAGAACCAGCAAGGCAGCAGCAGCCGAGCCAAACACCACCCCCACCACCAGGCCCGUCACAUUCACAUCAUCCUUCCCUGAUGGCAUGUCAUUACCUGAUGCACACAGGGGGAGAAUAAUUAAGAUUACUUUCGGGGUUGACCAGAUCUCCCCAUAUUAGGAUAUAUUUCUGGAUUUAUGAUGUGAUUAAAGUAUACUCACUGUAGGCGGCUGCAUAGGGCCUGUCUGUAGUGAGGGAAGAUAAGAGAGUUACUGAAAAGGUUUAUCUGGUGAUGUCGUUUGGAAAUCACAGGAACACUUUUAAAAGUACAAAUUUUGCAAACAGGUCAAACCUUGUCGAGCAGUGUAAAGAGGUCCGACUGAAACAGUGGCUGAUUCUCUGCUUUCUCCUCCAAAGGGAGUCAGAGAUCUUUUUCUUCUGGUAUUACAGCCCUGAAAAACAACAAAUAUCCAGUCAGGUUCAGUUUGAGUUAUGUCACAUAAUGCACUAUGACUUUUCAAUAUACAUUAUAAGCUUAUGAAAUAACCUGUAAUUUAUUUGUUUUAUUUUGUGAUAAAACUGAAAAAUAAAAAUCAGAACAUGC